AUGCUUUGGGGGCUGCACCCGCGCGGGCCGGGAGCCGCGGCUCUGGCCGCGGCCCGGAAUUUAUGGGUGCCGCCCCGCCUUCGUUGUCACCCGGCGUGGCGAGGGACGACGGGGAGGCUUUUGGUGCGGUCAGUCACCGGAGCCAGUAACCAGCUGCAGAGCUCGAAUAAUGGCAGAUACCGGGACACGGUGCUGCUGCCGCAGACCAGCUUCCCCAUGAAGCUGCUGGGCCGCCAGCAGCCCGACACGGAGCUGGAGAUCCAGCAGAAAUGUGGAUUUUCAGAACUUUAUUCAUGGCAAAGAGAAAGAAAAGCCAAAACAGAAUUUUGUCUUCAUGAUGGACCUCCUUAUGCAAAUGGUGACCCACAUGUUGGACAUGCUUUAAAUAAGAUUUUGAAGGAUAUAGCCAAUCGAUACCAUAUGAUGAGAGGUUCCAAAAUACAUUAUGUUCCAGGCUGGGAUUGUCAUGGGUUACCCAUUGAAAUAAAAGUAUUAUCAGAACUUGGUGGAAAAGCUCAGAAUCUUUCAGCUGUGGAAAUUAGAGAGAAAGCUAGAUCAUUUGCUGAAGCAGCAAUUGAGAAACAGAGAUCAGCAUUUAUUCGUUGGGGAAUAAUGGCAGAUUGGAAUAAUUGCUACUAUACAUUUGAUAGAAAAUAUGAGGCCAAACAGUUGAGAGUUUUCUACCAAAUGUAUGAGAAGGGCUUGAUUUAUCGAUCUUACAAACCUGUGUUUUGGUCUCCCUCAUCAAGGACUGCGUUAGCUGAAGCAGAACUUGAGUAUAAUCCUGAGCAUGUCAGUCGUGCAAUAUAUGUAAAAUUCCCUCUCCUGAAACCUUCUCCCCAGUUGGUGUCUCUCAUAGAUGGUUCAUCUCCUAUUAGUUUUUUAAUCUGGACCACCCAGCCUUGGACAAUUCCAGCCAAUCAAGCUGUUUGUUAUAUGCCAGACGCAAAGUAUGCUGUUGUGAAAUGUUCCAAAUCUGGAGGUCUGUACGUACUUGCUGCAGAUAAAGUAACAUCUGUUGCUUCUGCUUUGGAAACAACAUUUGAGGUUAUUUCAACAUUUUCAGGUGUAGAUUUGGAAACUGGUACUUGUGCUCAUCCUUUAAUUCCCGAUAAAGACUCUCCUCUUUUACCUGCAAAUCAUGUGACCAUGACAAAAGGAACAGGGUUGGUUCACACAGCCCCAGCUCAUGGUAUGGAAGAUUACAGUGUGGCUUCUCAGCACAACCUGCCCACGGAUUGUUUAGUGGAUGAAGAUGGAGUUUUCACAGAUGUUGCAGGCCCUGAACUUCAAAACAAGGCUGUCCUUAAAGAGGGAACAGAUGUGGUUAUAAAGAUGCUUCAGGCUUCAAAGCAUUUGUUGAAAGAGGAGAAAUUGGUACACAGCUAUCCCUAUGACUGGAGGACUAAGAAACCAGUGGUUAUUCGUGCCAGCAAGCAGUGGUUUGUAAAUAUCACGGAUAUCAAGGCCACAGCCAAGGAAUUGUUAAAAAAAGUGAAAUUUAUUCCUGGAUCAGCACUGAAUGCCAUGGUUGAAACAAUGGACAGACGGCCGUAUUGGUGUAUAUCAAGGCAAAGAGUUUGGGGUGUUCCAAUCCCUGUGUUUCAUCACAAGACAAAAGAUGAAUUCUUGAUCAACAGCCAGACCACUGAGCACAUUGUUAAACUAGUGGAACAACAUGGCAGUGAUGUCUGGUGGACUCUUCCCCCUGAGCAACUUCUUCCUGAAGAAGUCUUAUCUCAGGUUGGUGGUCCUGAUGCUUUGGAAUAUGCGCCUGGUCAGGAUAUUUUGGACAUCUGGUUUGAUAGUGGAACUUCAUGGUCUUAUGUUCUUCCAGGUACUGACCAGAGAGCAGAUCUGUACUUGGAAGGAAAAGACCAGCUUGGCGGUUGGUUUCAGUCUUCUUUAUUAACAAGUGUGGCAACGAGGAACAAAGCACCUUUUAAGACAGUGGUGGUUCAUGGAUUUACCCUUGGAGAAAAGGGAGAAAAGAUGUCCAAAUCUCUUGGGAAUGUCAUUGAUCCUGAUGUGGUCAUCAACGGAGGACAAGAUCCAAACAAGGAGCCUCCAUAUGGUGCUGAUGUCCUUCGCUGGUGGGUAGCCGAGUCCAAUGUCUUCACCGAAGUGACCGUUAGUCCGUCUGUACUUAAUGCUGCCAGAGAUGAUAUUAGCAAGCUCAGAAAUACACUCCGCUUUCUUCUGGGAAACGUCGCUGGCUUCAACCCAGAAACGGAUUCCGUUCCCGUUAACGACAUGUAUGUCCUAGACCAGUACAUGCUGCACUUACUGCAGGAUUUAGCAAACAAGAUUACUGAUUCAUACAAACAGUAUGAUUUUGGAAAAGUUGUUCGACUGUUACGAGCAUUUUAUACCAGAGAGCUUUCGAACUUUUAUUUCAGCAUAAUCAAGGACCGGCUCUACUGCGAAAACGCGGGCGACCCCAAACGGCGCUCUUGCCAGACCGCAUUAGCCGAAAUUCUGGACGUCAUGGUUCGUUCUGUGGCUCCCAUUCUUCCUCACUUGGCUGAAGAAGUAUUCCAGCACAUCCCCUACGCCAAAGAACCCAAGAGUGUUUUUCGUACUGGCUGGAUUAGAACAAGUUCUAUCUGGAAGAAGCCUGGGUUAGAGGAAGCCAUAGAGAGCACGUGUGCCAUGAGAGACUCGUUUCUCGGGAGCAUCCCUGGUAGAAACGCAGCCGAGUACAAGGUCACCCUUGUGAUCGAGCCUGGGCUGCUUUUUGAGAUCAUAGAGAUGCUACAAGCGGAGGAGACUUCCAGCACGUCUCAACUGAAUGAACUAAUGAUGGCUUCCCAGACGACUUUACUGUCUCAGGAGCCACGAUCAACAACGACAGAUGUAAUUGAGCGCAAAGGGACAUUCCUAAUCAAUUUAGAAGGCGGUGAUAUUCGUGAAGAGUCUUCCUAUAAAGUAAUUGUCACGCCCACUACCAAAGAAAAAUGCCCUCGUUGUUGGAAGUACACGGCCGAGUCCCCGGAUGCACUCUGCCCCCGAUGCGCGGAAGUUGUCAGUGGGAAGUAAGCGCCCC